AUGGCGAACAUACAUCUUUGUCACUGUCCUUUCUCUGCAGCUAACUUGGCUCUGGGAGGAGCGGCUGCAUCGUCGACAAGGUUGAACUACGACUAUCGACCAAGCAAUGCAAUUGAUGGCAGCGAUGAAACAAACCAAUUUAUCCACAACAGCUGUUUUGCCUCUUUUGUGAUUGACCCCUGGUGGAGGCUGGAUUUGGGGGGUCUGUUUGACAUCUCAACCAUUGAACUCCUCCGAAGAACAGAUGGAGGCGGCCAAGAUCUUAACUUGCUAGAAAUCCGCAUUGGUAUCUCACUGGAGAACAAUGGCAACAACAAUCCCAGAUGUGCAGUCGUCCGUGUGAGCAGUUCAGUUAAAAUGACCUUCCAUUGCAACCAGAAGCAAGUACGCUACGUCAACAUUUUCCGUCCAGGAUCUGCUUCUAUGAUUCAAGUUUGUGAGGUCAAAGUGUUCGCUGCAACCCCCAUCACAGGAGUGAAUGUGGCUCUGGGUGGAGUGGCUGCGGCGUCAUCACAGUAUAGCGUUAACCAUCAACCAAGCUUAGCCAUUGAUGGCAAAGCUGACGGGAGCUGUUUUCGCUCUUUGACGCAUAGUAACCCCUGGUGGAGAUUGGACAUGCGGGGUCCGUAUGACAUCUUAUCCAUUGAAGUCUUUCGAAGAACAGAUUGCUGCGACCAAUCGUUGAAUGGGGCAGAAAUACGCAUUGGUAACUCACUGGAGAACAAUGGCAACAACAAUCCCAGAUGUGCAGUCAUCACCGUGACCAGUAAUGCUACCAUGACCUUCAACUGUAACCACAUGCAAGGACGCUACGUCAACAUAAUCAACCCUGGAGUAGGAAAAGAUCUUCAGAUGUGUGAGGUCAAAGUGUACACCACUACCCAACUUACAGGAGCUAAUGUUGCACCAAGAGGAAUAGCUACGCUGUCUUCAGCACCUGCUUCUGUAGAAACUUCUCAACAUAUGGCUAUUGAUGAACACCCUGGGCCGACGGAUGCUCUGGAAACCUGUGCCUCCGUCGCACUGCAAGACAACCCGUGGUGGCAACUUGACCUGAGGAAUAUCUACCGCAUAACUGCUGUGUCUAUCCUCAGCUCAGGAGACUGCUGCUCGGAGCAGCUGAACGGGGCGGAGGUCCGCAUCGGCCUCAGCAAGGACGUUACCAACCAGAGGUGUGCCAUCAUCUCCGUUUCAGAGGGAGAGCAGAAAUACAACUACCAAUGUGGAAUAAUGGAAGGACGCUUCGUACAUGUUUACCUUCCUGGUCUACAGAAGACUUUGACUCUUUGUGAAGUAGAGGUGUAUGGUACUCUGCUUGAAAACGUGGCUUUGAGAGGACUGGCUUUUCAUUCUUCCUCAAGUCUGGAAAACAGUGUAGCCAGCAAAGUCAUUGAUGGCGAUCAGUCUUCCACCUGCAGCGUAGCCAUUGAGCAGCCAGGUCCGUGGGUAACAGUGGAUCUACUGGUUCCUUACAGUGUGACUGCAGUCCAACUCGCCUACAGCUCCGACUGCUGCUUCCGUUUCGAUGUCCAUGUAGACGACACAAGCUGUGAGGUCGUCUCCAGUAAUGCAUAUUCUUUGAUGACCCUGGAUUGCGGUGGGAUUGUGGGUCGCUAUGUGACUGUGAUCCAUCAUGGCGUAGCACCGCCUCUGUGCGAGGUGGAGGUCUAUAGCACUUUGGAAAAUCUUCAAAACAGUUUCCCUCAGCUGCCCCCGCCCCAUGUUAAAGAUUACUGCUCCGAUGUGUCCUGUGGACGAGACUACAUUCUCAUUCCUGAUGAACCCAAAACAUGGUUUGAAGCCCAGAGCUACUGCAGAGAGAAGUACACUGACCUGGCCACCAUCAACGACGUUCAGGACAUGUAUAGGGUCAUGGAAAAGAUGGAGAAUUACUCCAACAAAGACUUUUGGAUUGGGCUGUAUGAAGACGUUGCUACCUGGAGGUGGUCUCUGUCAGGUUAUUAUGGAGCGAGUGAAGCUGAGUUCAGGAACUGGGGUGCUGGUGAACCCAAUCUGGAGAGGGCCACCCAGGACUGUGCAGGCAUACAACACACGGGAGAAUGGAGAGACCUGCAAUGUGACUUACUUAACUUCUUCCUAUGCUUUGAUGGCAGAACAGGUGCACUCAAAAGCAAGAUUCUCGUGGAAACAGCUAUGAAUUGGGCCGACGCUCAAGGCUACUGCAGGAAACACCACACAGACCUGCUCAGUGUGAGAAACCAGGCGGAGAACCAGGAAGUCCAGAGCAUGGUGCCGGAAGGAAAGCUGGCCUGGAUCGGCCUCUUUCAAGACUCCUGGAAGUGGUCAGACGGGAGUUACUCCUCGUUCAGAUACUUGUCUCAGGAACAACUCCUUUUAGGAGAGGGUCCCAACUGCGCUCAUGUUUCCGGCAGGAAAUGGAACUGCAUUUACUAG